CCAGAGGGCAUCGAAUUCAGGCUCCAAAGUCUCGACGGCGACCUCAUUGCACCCACGAAGACGAUUCGGCGUUUCGCACAAAAGGCAGACGGAUUUUUCUUAUUGCAUCAACACGAGUACUUCUAGCACACAUACUUUUUUUCUUCUCACUCAGCAAGCAUGGGCAACACCACCAGCGCCGUGCUGGACAACAUCGUCCAGGGGUCCAACUUCGAUAGAGACGAAGUCGACCGUCUAAGGAAACGAUUCAUGAAGCUGGACAAGGACAACUCCGGUACAAUCGAGCGCGAAGAGUUCCUUAGCCUGCCCCAGAUUUCGUCGAACCCGUUAGCAACAAGGAUGAUUGCCAUCUUCGACGAAGACGGCGGCGGCGACGUCGAUUUCCAAGAGUUCGUCUCGGGCCUGAGCGCCUUCUCGUCCAAGGGCAACAAGGAACAGAAGCUCCGGUUCGCGUUCAAGGUCUACGACAUCGACCGCGACGGGUACAUCAGCAACGGGGAGCUCUUCAUUGUGCUCAAGAUGAUGGUGGGUAGCAACCUCAAAGACCAGCAGCUGCAGCAGAUUGUCGACAAGACGAUCAUGGAGGCCGACCUCGACAAGGACGGGCGCAUCAGCUUCGAGGAGUUUACCAAGAUGGUCGAGAGCACGGACGUCAGCAUGAGCAUGACCUUGGAUCAAUUCUAGUUUCUGUUCUUCCCAUUCGAGGGGGUGGGAGGGGAGGGGAGGAAGGGGCCGAUGAGCGAAGCGGCCGCAUCACGAGACAUGACAACUACUGAUGUUUACGGACAAGGAACGACAGCGGUGGGGGGGCAACAGGAAGUUUCUUCUUGCGUUUGGAAUAGAAUACCCCGAGGCAGCC